AGCAGCGCCUCCCCCGUCCAGUUCUACAAGGUCUGCGUCAGCGUGGUGAACGAGAAGUGCAAAAUAGACACGGAAAUCCUGCCCUCCCUCUUCAUGCGCUGCACCACGGACCCUGCCCGCAAGGACAAGUACCCGGCCAUCACCCACCUCAAGUUCCUGGCCCGGGACAUGUCGGAGCAGGUGUUGCUUUGUGCUUCCAACCAGAACAGCAGCAUCGUGGAGUGCUGGUCUCUGCGGAAGGAGGGUUUGCCAGUCAAUAAUAUCUUCCAGCAGAUCUCCCCUGUGGUUGGAGACAAGCAGCCCAUGAUCCUGAAGUGGCGGAUUCUCUCUGCCACCAACGACCUGGAUCGAGUCUCGGCCGUGGCUCUGCCCAAGCUGCCCAUCUCCCUGACCAACACUGAUCUGAAGGUGGCAAACGACACCAAGUUCUUCCCUGGGCUGGGUCUGGCUUUGGCUUUCCACGAUGGCAGUGUCCACAUUGUCCACCGCCUGUCCCUGCAGAUGAUGGCUGUCUUCUACGGGUCCUCCUCCCAGCGCCCCGUGGACGAGCAGGCCAUCAAGAGGCAGCGAACCGCUGGGCCCCUGGUGCACUUCAAAGCCAUGCAGCUCUCCUGGACAUCCCUGGCCUUGGCUGGCAUCGACAGUCAUGGGAAGCUGAGCAUGCUUCGCAUCUCCCCGUCCAUGGGCCACGUGCUGGACAUGAACAUGUCCCUCCGCCACUUGCUGUUCCUGUUGGAAUACUGCAUGGUGACUGGCUACGACUGGUGGGACAUUCUGCUCCACGUCCAGCCCAACAUGGUCCAGAACCUGGUGGAGAAGCUGCACGAAGAGUACAUGCGCCAGAACGCAGCCCUGCAGCAGGUCCUGUCCACGCGCAUCGUGGCCAUGAAGGCCUCUCUCUGCAAGCUCUCCUCCAGCACCCUCGCCCGCGUCUGCGACUACCACGCGAAGCUCUUCCUCAUCGCCAUCAGCUGCACCCUGAAGUCGCUGCUGCGCCCCCACUUCCUCAACACCCCCGACAAGAGUCCCGGCGACCGGCUCACCGAGAUCUGCUCCAAGGUCACAGACAUCGACAUCGACAAGGUGAUGAUUAAUCUGAAGACAGAAGAAUUUGUCCUGGAGAUGACCACGCUGCAGUCCCUGCAGCAGCUCAUCCAGUGGGUGGGAGAUUUUGUGCUCUACCUGCUGGCCAGUCUUCCAAACCAGGGCUCCCCGGUCCGGCCAGGACACAGCUUCCUGCGGGACGGAGCCUCCCUGGGCAUGUUCAGGGAGCUGAUGGUGGUGAUCCGCAUCUGGGGGCUGCUGAAGCCCAGCUGCCUCCCCGUCUACACGGCGACCUCCGACACCCAGGACAGCAUGUCCCUCCUCUUCAGGCUCCUGACGAAGCUCUGGCUGUGCUGUCGUGAGGAAAAUCACAUCACAGAGCCAGACGAUACCCUGAUAGAUGAGUGUUGCCUCCUGCCCAGCCAGUUGCUCAUUCCCAAUAUCGACUGGCUGCCCAUCAACGAUGGCAUCAUCAGCAAGCUGCAGAACAAGCAGCUGGUCCGGCUCCAGUUCGGGAAGGCUCCUGGGCUCGUUGGGCACACUGUCUCUUCCCAGUUUGAUGCCUUUGUCAGGGCACCUGGGCAGCCCAAGAUCGAUCACCUGCGGCGGCUCCAUCUGGGCGCGUACCCCACGGAGGAGUGCAAGUCCUGUACCAGGUGCGGCUGCGUCACGAUGCUGAAGUCGCCGAACAAGGUGACGGCGGUGAAGCAGUGGGAGCAGCGCUGGAUCAAGAACUGCCUCUGCGGGGGGCUCUGGAGGAGGAUGCCCCUCAGCUACUCCUGA